CCGCCGUGUGACUAUGUUACUCAAGAUACUAUUGCUGAUAAUAUAAAAGAUCACCUUCUUGAGAAUGACAGCCCAAUCUUCGAAGCAAACCCAGGACUGGGAUUCCUCACCAAGAGACUUUUGGAUCUUCCCGUCUCCAGGAUACAUCUGUAUGAACCAUCAAAUGCCUUUAGGUUACAGCUGAAUGAACUUGUGGAAGCCAACCCGGGCAGAGUAAGCAUGAAAGACUUUAAUUUGUUCGGCGUCUCCAAAAUCGUGUUCCAAGAUAAGACGGAUAACGGCACCAGGCUUCAUACACUGAUGCAAGACCUGACCAGGAAAGAAUGGACGGCAGCUGAACCAGCCAUGAGAAUUAUUGGAGUGUUGCCAUCCCUUACUUUCGCCAAACAUCUGAUGCUGAGUUUUAUAUUCCAAAGUGGCUUUAUGGCGUACGGCCGGCCUGAAUUGUACUUGGUUAUGGAACCACUGCUGUACACUCAUCUGACUUGUGACGGGAAGUCUGGUUUCAUUCUCUACAGGACUUCGUCGGUACUCUUCCAGUUGAUCUUUGAGCACCAGGUUCUAGCCAAGUUGCCGAGCAAGGCAUUGUUCCCGUGGUAUGUCGAUAAGUCUCGGAAGAAGAUUCCCAAGUUUAACAAGGGGCCGAAGCUGGACCCGGAGUGGGUCUACUUGGUGAAGUGCGUCCCCAGGCGGGACUUCUACGACACUGUGGUGCCCCAGGAGCAACUGCAGCCUCUGUGGUUCUUCAUCCGGCAAAACAUGUCCAGCCGCCACAACAGGAUCAUACCCCAGCUCGAGCGAUGGAUCCCUGGCUGUGGACCGCGGCUGAUCGCGAAGGACGUGAACAUCUACUCCAGGUUCGGCGACCUCUCGCCCCGCCAGAUACUGUCCACAUUCCGCGACUUCAGCGGCUGGCCGGAGUAUCCGGCCUGCGCGUUCCGGGCCUCCGUCGAGGAGGCCUACCUCAAGAUGGAGCCGGGAUCAGACGAUCUGGACGACGUCCCGGCGGGCAGGAGGGACGUAGACGAGGCCGAGGAUGAAGACGCUGCCGACGAGAUGGGCGCGGAUACCGACCACAAGCCGUCGUAGCUUCACGCAAGAUCCGCAUUCUGUGAAGUGUGUGUACAUACUUAUGGUUUUAUAAAUCUGUUUCUAAUGUUA